AUGCCCGCAUCUGGGAAAGAGAAGGAAGUGACGUCUCAAAUACCUGCAGAUGCUCCUGUGGCUCGAGGUGAUACUACACACGAAGACACAACUGCAUUGUCUGCAUCAGUGCCAGUAGCCUCUGCGAUACCGGCCCCCCCAGCAGAAACAUCCACUGGGGCUUCGUCGUCAACUGCGCAGCAGAUCAAUCCUAUUGUUACAGUUGAUGACAACACCACCAGCCCAGAUGAUUCAGACUCGGCUUACGGCGAUGAUGAUCACCUAAGUGACACAACUUCCAUCCCCUCGACAAUAUGGAGGCAUCGUUAUGAGAAUGGCCGACGAUACCAUAAAUUCCGCGAGGGAGAAUAUUGGGGCCCAAAUGAUGAGGUGCAAAACGAUCAGCUGGACAUUGCACAUCACAUGUUCUUGAUAUUGCUUCACCAGAAGCUCCAUUUGGCACCCAUCAAGGAGCCAAAGAGCAUAAUCGAUCUAGGAUGUGGAACCGGAAUUUGGUGUAUGGACAUGGCCGAUGAACACCCAGGCGCAGAGAUUAUCGGCGUGGACCUCUCACCUAUUCAGCCUUCCUUCACGCCCCCAAACUGCAAAUUCGAAAUCGACGACGUGACCUCCCCUUGGACGUACCAGCCCACCCAAUUCGACUUUGUCAACAUCAGAGGUCUCUACGGCAGCAUAGCAGACUGGCGAGCACUGUACGCCCAGGCCUUCAACCACAUGCAACCAGGCGGCUAUAUACACCAACUCGAGAUGAGCAUCCAGUUCAAAUCCGACGACGGCACACUGACCCCAGACCACGCCCUCUCCCAAUGGUCCGACAUCUUCCACGAAGCCUCGAAGAAAUUUGGGAAAUCCUUCUUUGAAGUCUGGAAUCUAUCCACAUACAUCAAGGACACGGGCUUCACGGACGUAGUCGAACAAAUCUACAAGGUGCCUGUUAAUGGGUGGCCAGCGGACCCGCACAUGAAGGAGCUUGGGCGAUGGAACUUUUUGCAUUGCACGCAGGGAGCGGAGGGGUGGGGAUUGAUGCUGUUGACCAAGGUUAUGGGGUGGAGUAUCGAGGAGGCGCAGGUUUUUAUUGCGAAGUUUCGGAACGGGUUGAAAGAGAGGAGAGUGCAUGCGUAUUUUGAAGUCGUAGUUAUACAUGCGCGGAAGCCGACAGCGUAA